CGACAGUUGCCUAUACUCCCAGUCAGCUACAAACAUCUCGAGCAUCAUCCUAUGUCAUCUGGAACCCCUUCCGAAGUUUCCGAUCUAUCUAUCAGCGAUACCGAGUCUUUCGCAGAUAUACACGAGAUAUCGUCCCCCACAUCGCCCACGCCAGAAAGUGCAACACCUUCUCUGGCGACGGAGACCGGUGGCUCUGCUACUUUCGUCAGUCGAGAUCCUCCGAGCCAAAACAAGCAUCCCAAGUAUUAUUUCGAUGAUGGUUCAACCGUGUUUCUGGUCGGAGGGUUCAAGUACCGCCUCCACCAGUACUUAUUCUCCAGAGACUCUCCCUAUUUUGCAAGCAUUUUCGCCCGUUGCGUGCCCUCCGAAUCUAUCGACCUGGCUGACAAGAAAUCCUCCGAUUUCGACGCUCUUCUGUCCGUGUUGUACUCGACGUGCUAUCGUUUGCCCGACAUCACUACUGUGGAUGAAUGGUCGGCUGUUCUGCGCCUCGCCACCGAGUGGUCGUUUGACGGCAUCCGCAACCUCGCCAUUGAACGCCUCGAGCCGAUCGCUAGCCCUACCGAGAAGAUUGUUCUGAGCCAUUCACACUCGAUUGCUAGUUGGCUUCCGGCAGCAUACAUCUCGCUGUGUCAGCGUCCCCACCCACUUACGGCUGCGGAGAUCAGAGCUAUUGAGGCGGAAGACGUCGAGGUGGUGAUGUCUGUCCGGGAGACCAUGCUCCGUGCAGGGCUUCCAUCUGAAGUGAGCGAUAUUUCUGCUCACGUCGCCGAUGCGAUGAAGUCUGUCAUGAAGGCGGCGACCUUCACACCUCCCGAUUUUAUUCCAGAGAUUGCAAACAUGACGUCUUUUCCACGUUCCGAUCCUAUCCCAGAGGACACAAAGGUAGAGGCCCUUCCGCAUGUCGAUCCUAUUCCACCUCCAAAUCCUCUUGCAGAGGUCAUGAAGAUGGCGGAAGUGACAUUGGCCGAGCACGGGACUGAGGCCGCGAAGGUUCAGAAGCUCUACUUCGAGAUCCAUCGUCAAUUCGACUCUGCCAGUCUUCUUCUUCUUGCCUCCGCAGACAGCACGCGGAAUGUCGCUUCUACAACACUAGCACACAUUCUGUCCUCGGUAGUUCAUACAGAAGUCGCACCCCUCCUCGAGAAGAUGACACCAGAUAACAUCGGCCCCAUCGCACGCGAAAUCGCCCAGUGGAUCGACCUUACAACGCGGGGUAAUGACUGUGUGACUCUCCAGCAGAUUAUUGACCUGGUCUACGACAAGGCAACAAGUGAUCAGGAAUCCGCACGAGUAUGCAGUCUACUAUGCCGACAACUUACAGGCAAGAUCCCGGCAAAGUUCCGACGUCCUGGAGACAGAGAUUACGUGGGGGGACCCGUGUUCCGUAACCACCUCCUUGGUGAAUGCCUGAGAGAAGCCGAGAGCAUUCGCCUGAAGAUAGACUCGACGACACAGGGCUCGGAAGAAUCAAGUGCCACAGAAUUACCAAGCGGCGACGACGAAGACACGCUUUCCGCCGCACACGAACGCGAAUAUGCCGCAGUGCGCUUCAUUGGCGAGCUGGUGGUAGCGGGCGCCUUGUCCAACGACGACGCCUUCCGUUGUCUCAACCAUAUAUUCUCGGAAUAUAACUUGCGAUAUGUGGCUCCUGGCGACCAACAGGCUCGAUUCGUCUGCGCGUUUUUGUUGACGGUCGGGCCAUGCCUUCACCGCGCCGACGACAACAUACGUACGCGCAUGGAUCAGUACAUUUAUUCCGUUCAGAGAAUCAAUUCUAUGAACUGUAGUGCGCGGACGGCCGCUUUGGUGGAGGAACUCUCGCAGAUGCAACGUGACGGCUGGCCUGCGGCAGCAUAGUAUAGAGCGCAACACAGCCUCUGAAGCAAUUCGAGGAUGCGGGAAAGAAACCACGGUAGAACCGGACCGCGCGGACGGCCGAGAAUACUCAGAUUGGGCGGUAAAGAACGGGAACGGGAUAUAUUCCUUGUUCCGUGAGG